AUGAAUUCAAAUCAAGAAUUGGUUCAAAUGUUGAAAGAUCUUCAAAUAUAUAAUUCCAUUGAUAACAAUUUUAGUCCUGAUCAUAGCUAAUUAGUGAUGGUCUAUGAAAAAUUUUGCGAUUUAAUAAAUUUCGAUGAUAGUUUUACUUUAGAAAACUCAACAUUGCAAUUAUUUUAUAGAUGCAAAUUAAUGUGUAAAACAGUGGGAGUAGCUGAUUUUUAGAUGAUGGAUUUGACAGAUCCUGAUCAAAAAAGAAUGAAACACAUUAUUACACAAUUAUGUAAGUAUUGCAUAUGGAAGAAAGAUUAAAGUUAGAAAUGGGAAAAGAGAGACAAAGAAAUAGUAUAAUUAGAGGAUGUUGAUUUAUAAUAAACUCGAAAAUAAAAAAGCGAACUUGAAGAUUUGAUAUAAAUGAAAUACAAAGACAUGGAUUUGAAAAAGAAAAAGUUUGAGUAAUAUAAGCAAAUGAAACAUAAAUGUGAAUCAGAUUUAUUAGCUAAAAGAAACCAAAAUUUAAAAUUAUAAAAUUCUAUUUCAUAAAAUUAAAAUGAAUUAAAGGAUGCAGAAAAGAAGUUUAAGAAUUUGAUUGAGAAACUGUAAGUAGCUUAGAAUGAAUUAUCAAUAUUGGAGAGUAUGGUAGUGAAGGAUCCAAAAACUUUAGAAAAGAAAGUAAAUGAUAGUUAAAGAAGAGUUGAAAGUCUUUAGAUCGAGGUAGAUAAGUGUUAGAGGGAAUUAUCAAUUGAAACAUUCAAAAUUGGGAAGAUUUAUAAAUAAUUACAUUAUGAUUACGAUAUAUUUUUGAGAUUGCUUGAAUAAAUAAAGGAAUCGGAAAAUGCAUUAAAUUAAGAAGAUAAAAACUUUGAAAAAUCCAAUGAUUAAAUAUUUACAGCAUCUAACAAAAUACUCCAAGAGAACUUGGCCUUACAAAAGUUGUAACAAAAUAAGGAACAACUUCAAUAAUAGAAGGUGGCAGAAUCUGAGAAAAAUAAUUCAUCAAAUCAAUAUAGUUUACAAUCAUUAAUAGAUUUACAAAAUAAACUGUCGGAAUUGUAAAUAGAGGUGAAAAGAGAAUAGUAAGAAUAUUUGUCCAUACAACUAAUGAAAUAAGAGUAAUAGAAGGUUACGUCUGAAAAUGAAGAAAUCAAGGCAGCUAUUGAAGCAAAUCUCAAAUAAGUAGUGACUCAAUAAAAUAAGGAAAUUGAAUAAUAUACAAAAAACAUUGAAAUCUUACUAAAUAAAAUAGAAUUUGAAUGAGUAUUAACAUAUAAUUAAUUACUAUUAUUAGUAAAAAAGUGUAGAAAAUAAAAGAAUUUUAAAAUAAUUUGUUAUUUAUAAAAUGCUAUCAAUUCUAAUUGAGGAAGCAUUAUGAUUGGAAACCAUACAAGGUAUAAUUUUACACCAAAUCAUGGAAUCCCCAAUUGUUCUUAUAAAGUGUGAUCCAAUCACCCAUCAAACCAACAAUUGGCACUUGAUAACAGACUUUCACAACUCCUAAAUGUCUCUUGCAUUUCUUCUUAGAAGACAACUCACUAUGUUGAACUUAGGCAAUUGCAUAUGCUCUAAACUCUUCCAUAUCUAAAUUAAGAUUCAAUGUUUUAGGAUUGUAUCCAAAGGCAAUGCUGCUUGUUAGAUUACCAGUGAAGAUAUCAGCAAGGACAGCAGCUCUAGCUUGAACGACAUUAGUCAAAUAGGCAGCACCAAUGAAGGUGUCAGCGAAUCCGGCUAUUGAAGAAGUCUAAGUGACGUUUUAUUUGAUAAUGAAUCCAUAGCUAAAAUCAGCCCCAACAUUUACAACAAACCCUUGAACUACUAAGGCAGUUUAGAGUAGUAUUUUUUAAAGGUUGACCAGUAUAAGAAAGUGAGGUAUCAACUAAAUCUAAAGCACAAAAGCCUUCAAGGGCCAAGCAGAAUUUCAAUGUGACUUAAGCAUUGCCAUUACCUGCAGUGCCUUUAAAAGAAACAUCCAAUGA